UCGACAGCCAGUCUACACCAGCACGCCGUCUCGCGUACCCACACUCCUCUACAUCUCGCUGAGUCAGGGUGACAUUUCUGAAGUGUUGUAACUUUACGAGUGAACUGCAGCACUGAGACAAAUUCCUAAACCUGAUGAUCUAACAGGAAAUACGCUGAAUAGUAGAAGUUGUCGUGGUUCUGUAGUCUAGUUGAAACCAGGGAGUAGAUAUGGCGAGCAAGGGAUCUAUAUUGCUACACAUGGCAGCAGUGGUUGUGGUCGUGAGUGGUCAAGGAGUAAUCCCAGGCGUCCCUAACUUCUGUAUCGAUCCUCCACAGAAGGGAAUCUGCCGCGCUAACAUCCCUUCCUUCCACUACGACUCCGAGACAAGAACCUGUGACUGUUUCGUGUAUGGUGGGUGUAUGGGCAACGACAACAGGUUCUCCACCCUCGCUCAGUGCAUGGAGACUUGUGGCGUCAACCCCACCCUGCAGGAAAACACGGACAGGUGUGACCAGGUCCUUGGCAACAGUAACCCACUCGCGAAAAAAGAAGUGUUGGAUGCUAUUAAAGGGAUGAUCCCCGUCGUACCUGAAGAUGCUGAAGAAGCUCAACAAGUUCCACCUCCUCCGCUGAUUCCUGACUACUGCUUCGAUCCUCCCGAGGCGGGGUUCUGCCGCGCUUACAUCCCUUCCUUCCACUACGACUCCGAGACAAGAACCUGUGACUGUUUCGUGUAUGGUGGGUGUAUGGGCAACGACAACAGGUUCUCCACGCUGGAUGAGUGCCUCCUCACUUGUGGUGUUCGACCCAGCCGACAGCAGAAUACCGCCAACUGCGACAGGGUCCUUGGAAGUAACAACCCGCUAGCUAAGAAAGAAGUGUUGGAUGCUAUUAGGGAGACGCCUCAGCCAAAAAGUGAACACCCCCAGCAACCAACACAGCAACUCCUACAGCCCCAGCAACUCCAACACUCCCAGCAACCAUCACAGCAACUCCUACAACCCCAGCAACCAUCACAGCAACUCCUACAACCCCAGCAACCAUCACAGCAACUCCUACAGCCCCAGCAACCAUCACAGCAACUCCUACAACCCCAGCAACCAUCACAGCAACUCCUACAGCCCCAGCAACCAUCACAGCAACCCUGCAACCAUCACAGCAACUCCUACAGCCCCAGCAACCAUCACAGCAACUCCUACAACCCCAGCAACCAUCACAGCAACUCCUACAACCCCAGCAACCAUCACAGCAACUCCUACACCCCCAGCAACCAUCACAGCAACUUCUACACUCCCAGCAACCAUCACAGCAACUCCUACACCCCCAGCAACCAUCACAGCAACCCCUACAACCCCAGCAACCAUGUCAACAAACCCAACAUUUGGCAGCAACCACACAGACGUCGAGGCAGGAACAGGUAG